AGUCCGUAACCGAUUUCUUAUAGCGAUGAGAUCAUUCCUGCCCCGUGUGUCAUAAUAAACCGAAGGCAACAGACGACGAAUCUCGAUCUUGUUGCUUUCAUCAUCGCCACUAUUUUAAUCAAACCACGUUUAGUCGCGGUUCAGUCAUCAACUCGUUAUUCUUGUGUCCUAAUCAAAUCAAAAUGGCAAUUAGCAGGCUAUCGAUUAUUAAAUUUUUGGAAUUGGCCAUUGCGGUUACCUGUGUAGGUCUACACUACCACAGCUAUACGGGCAAAAUAGAGACCGAUUUCGUAUCCUCGGGGGCCUUUUGCGGAUAUGUCAUCAUUCUAUGUGGAGUAUUCGCGGGUCACCUAAUGUCAUCCCCCAUCAAUAGAAGAAUAGAAAUUUUCUUCUGUCUGGUCGGAUGUGCGCUGUUUGUUGCCGCCGGCGCUUUAAAUAUUCAAUAUUUCGAUAAUAUGAGGAAAGGCGAAACGAGGAACUACGGUCUGGCGAAGGCUUCACUGGCAAUAAUUGGCGGCGCUAUGUUUUUGAUCGACGCUCUUUUAACAUGGCGAGGCGAAUAAGUGCCUAAACGCGCUAUGUUUUCAGAGCACUUGUGUAUAUACAUUUUAUUAUAUGUGAAGCGGAUUGCUAUAAUGUACAUUCCAGUUGGCGUGGCCAAAUUUUAAAUUAAGUUUUUACCUAUCUGUAUGUACCUACUUACCAAAAUCUAAAUCGUAAGUCCUACCUCAAGAUAUAAGCUUUAGCAUGUUACCAUUUUAUAAUUUUAAUGACCUUCUAGGUCAACUUAAUUUAAUUGUUUUGUAUAUUAAAUGCACGUUUAGAUUA